AUGGCCCACGACAGUGCUCCGUGGACAGACAAGGGAAAGAUGGACUCUGAAGUCCCCGUGCAAGUGGCCCAGAACCCUGUCGACACCUACGAUUUCGACUACGAGAAGCAUGGCGCCCAGCGCGAGGCAAGCCCGCUGCCAGAGCUGAAGCGGAAGCUGAAGAGCAGACACUUGCAGAUGAUUGCCAUUGGUGGCACGAUAGGAACUGGUCUUUUCAUCGGUAGCGGUACCGCCAUUGCCCACGCAGGCCCCGUGGGUGCUCUCAUCGCGUACAUCUUCGUCGGUACUAUCGUCUACUCCGUUAUGACUGCUCUCGGAGAGAUCGCGACUUAUAUUCCCAUUCCUGGAGCAUUCACCUCAUAUGCUGCUCGUCUGAUUGACCCGAGCUUGGGUUUCGCCAUGGGCUGGAUCUAUUGGUUUUCUUGGGCGUCGACUUUUGCGUUGGAGUUGACUGCAACCGGUCUGAUCAUUCAGUAUUGGGAUAGUGACAUUCAAAUCGCCAUCUUCAUUGCUGUCUUUUGGGUGGUGAUCAUCGCUUUCAACAUGAUGCCCGUUAGCUUUUAUGGAGAGAUGGAGUUCUGGUUUGCCAGUAUCAAGGUGAUCACCGUGAUUGGCUUCAUGAUUUUCGCCAUCUGUGUGGACGCCGGUGUUGGUGAGAAGGGAUAUCUGGGUUUCCGGUACUGGGUCCACCCCGGUCCGUUCGUCGCCUACACGAUUAAGGGCAACGACUCCCUCGCCAAGUUUGUUGGAUUCUGGUCCGUUCUGAUUCAGGCUGGAUUCUCCUACCAGGGAACUGAACUGGUUGGUAUUGCCGCUGGUGAGACCGAGAACCCACGCAAGACCGUCCCCUCCGCCAUUCGGAAGACUUUCUUCCGAAUUGUCUUCUUCUUCAUCUUGACAAUCUUCUUUAUCGGAAUUGUUGUGCCCUCCGAUGAUGACGCUUUGUUGGCUAGUGAAGGCAGUGGCGCUAGUGCCCAGAACGCCAACGCCUCGCCCUUCGUCAUUGCCGCCAACCGUGCUGGUGUUAAGAUUCUUCCUGGUAUCAUCAACGGCGUGCUUCUGACCGUGGUGCUGUCCGCUGCCAACUCCAAUGUCUACAGUGGCAGUCGUAUCUUGGUUGGCCUCGGACAGGAGGGCUUCGCUCCUCGUUUCUUCAAGAAGACCUCUAAGGGAGGUGUUCCUUACUGGAGUGUGCUUUUCACAGCAGCCUUUGGUCUGCUUGGGUUCCUCAAUGUAUCAGACUCUGGUGCUACCGUGUUCACCUGGUUGCUUCAAAUCUCUGGUGUUGCUGGUUUUAUCACCUGGGCUUCUCUGAAUGCCUGCCACCUUGCCUUCCAGCGUGCACUCGCCGCGCGCGACAUCUCUCGUGAUGUUCUGCCCUACAAGGCCAUCUGGCAGCCCUGGCUCUCGUGGUAUGGACUGUUUUUCAACUGUCUCAUCAUUCUCACUCAAGGAUUCAUGUCCUUCAUCCCUCAGUUCUCGGUUCAGGACUUCUUCAUCAACUACCUUAGUCUGAUCCUGUUCGUGGUGUUGUACGUCGGACACAAGAUCAUCUUCCGUCCUGCCUUUGUCAAGCCUAUCGAGGCCGAUCUGGACACAGGUCGCACCACUGCUGACAAUGAGACUUGGGAGACUGUUGAGCCGACGACAUGGUAUGGAAAGGCCUGGCGAUGGAUCAGUGGGUAA